UAAUAAAUGAGACAAUCUCAGCAUAUGAAUGCAUGAAUAAGAGAGAAAGUGCAAAUUUAAGGAAAUUCCAGCUGCUUGCUUCAGAUGUUGUGUCUGUUUUUGAUCUUCUCCUUCGUUACCAAUCUCCGAUGAUUUCUCUCUCAGUAAAAUCCAAAGGAAAAACCAAAAAUAACAUCAAAACUUUUUCAUCCAUUUCAAUUUCCUUCUCUGAUUUGCUUACUCUUCAGAUUGCCAUUUUGCUUCUGAUUUUUGGGUCGUACCUUCAUACCCUUUUCUCCAUUCUGGAAUAGGGCAUUAAUAGCUUGUGUUGGAAAUGGUUGUCAUUAAGUAAUGUCAGGCAUUUGAAUUCAGGAGUAAGGUUCUUCCUAUCUUGGAGGAUCUGAGAUUAAGGUGCAAUUCAAGGAGUUUUUAUCUGUCUUGAAAGAUGGGGGUGAAUUGACUUUGAGCUUCUCAGAGGCUCCAUCCUGCUUGAAAUCUUAUGAAGUGGAGCUGCUCUGAGAUACAUGUUGAAGCAAGAUGAUUGAGCAAUUCAUCAAUUUCAUUAUUCGGCCUCCCAGGGCUCAAUAUGAUCCAGAUCAGUACCUAUGGGAAAAGGAAUUCACCCUUGCAGGAAGAACAUACCAAAGGCAGGAUUUGGAGGCAACUCAAGAAUUCCAGAGGCUAUACAUUGCAGUGUAGUCAUUAUCUACCUUCUCCUUUGCCUGAAGAUAUUUCUCUUCCUUGUGUUGUAUAUUGCCACGGAAAUAGUGGAUGUAGGGCAGAUGCCAAUGAAGCUGUUGUUAUUCUUCUUCCAUCAAAUAUUACUGUUUUUACUCUUGACUUCUCAGGGUCAGGCUUGUCUGAUGGAGAACAUGUUAGCCUUGGUUGGCAUGAAAAAGACGACCUCAAGAUGGUGGUGUCACAUUUAAAAAGCAACAAACUAGUAUCUCAUAUUGGUCUUUGGGGACGAUCAAUGGGUGCUGUUACUAGCCUUCUUUAUGGAGCUGAAGACCCUUCUAUUGCUGGAAUGGUGUUGGAUAGUGCCUUUUCAAACUUAUAUGAUCUAAUGAUGGAGCUUGCUGAUGUCUAUAAAAUUCGACUUCCAAAGUUCACAGUUAAAAUGGCUGUACAAUACAUGCGGCGGGUUAUUGAGAAGAAGGCAAAGUUUGAUAUCAUGGACCUGAACUGUUUGCUGGUUGCACCGAAGACAUUCAUUCCUGUUUUACUUGGACAUGGUAAUGAUGACCAAUUCAUUCAGCCUCACCACUCUGAUCUCAUCUCUGAAUCAUAUGCGGGAGAUAAAAAUAUCAUAAAAUUUGAUGGUGAUCACAACUCCUCUCGACCACAGUUCUUUUAUAAUUCAAUUUCCAUUUUCUUCUACAAUGUCCUCCACCCUCCUCACACUCCUAGAGUUUGUAAGCUUGAGAAAUAUUUUGAUUUUGGGGAUUUGAAGACUGGUUCUGCUGUGAAUGAGAGUCUAUUAUAUGGGAUACUCUCUAGUCUACAGUCAGCAACUACUGAUGCUGCGAGUUCAUCUUCUGCUCCUCCAAACACUUCAAAUUCAAUCACAGCAUCAGUUAGUGAACUUAUUUCAAAAGUUGCUCCAGUAACCGCCGCUGAGUCCAUGAUUAGAGAGGAACCAAAGCAUGGAAAUAAUGAACCUGGCCAUGAUGAGCCUGCAGAUAUGAAGGAUGAACAAAAUGACCCGACUGAAGAUUACUUCUCAUACUGUAGCUCAACUAGAGAAAGCUGGGGAAGAUGUUCUACUUUAGUACUCAGCGAUGAAGAAUCUUAUCCAGAUUUCAGGGAUGAUGAUAAUGGUUCUGAGGUAUUUGCAACACCCCUGGGAAGUAUGAGAGAAAUGGCUGCAGACCCAAAGGAAGAGGGAAAGGAUCAGAAGAAGAAGAAGAAAGCUGAAAGAUCCUCAAAGAAGCUCAAGUCUGAGAGAUUUGACAAGUGGGAGUCCCUCAGUCAACGGCUGCGACUUUGCAUUUUAAAGGGAAGACCAAAGCCCUCGUGACAUGUCUUGACUGCUACAUGUGUGACAUAGUUCAUCUAACUAUUUGUUUUCAUAACAUCAAUGUAAGACACUGCUAUUUUUAGGCAGUCCGUGAAACUCAACUUGGUUGUAGGUUGACUAGUUGAUUGAAUUGAUUCUCUUUUGGGAAAUAUUCAACAUGUAUUUAUGUACACAAUAUUGGUUUCUCUUUCUAG